AAUAUUGUCUUUGUCUUUGCUCUGAAAAUGAAGUGGAUUUUGUCUCUUGCUUUAGUUUCCUUUGCCGUUUCACGGUCCUCUCGAGUUCAAGCUGAAAUUUCUUCCAACCCAUCAUCUUAUGAUUCUGGGAACCCAAAUACAACAUGGUCCAAAGUUAUUCUUAUUGGUGAUUCGAUAACUCAGGGUGCUUUCUUUGUUGAAAACGGAUGUUGGGGAACUUUGUUGGCUCAUAACUUACAAAGAGUAAGUGAUGUGGUUGAUCGAGGUUUCAGUGGCUAUACCACAAGAUCUAUUCGUGCAAUACUACCUGAUAUAUUAACCAAAGAUGAUUAUGAAAAGGCUGCUUGUUUUGUGAUACUUUUAGGAUCAAAUGACUGUGUUGAUAACAGAAGCUUUCAACAUGUUCCUAUUGAGCCAUUCAAAGAUAAUUUGAAUUGGAUAAUAAAUUAUAUUAAAGGUCAGGGUGUUUCAUCGGAUAAAAUCAUAUUGAUGACUCCCCCAGUUUACAAUAACGACGCUUUUGCCAAAGCACAAGGUUAUCCACCAAACAUGGCUGUACGGCAUCCAGAAGGAUACGCUAACGUUUCCAAGCAAGUUGCUGAGGAGAACCAAGUAACAAGUCUUGAUUUGUAUUCCAUCACAAAAAAUCAUCCUGACUGGCAAUCUCUCCUGGUCGAUGGUCUACAUCUCAACAAUGCUGGAGCAAAAGUUGUUUUUGAUUCUUUAUGGCCAUUAGUGUAUAAUCGUAUUGUUGCUUUCCAUGGUUCAUUUACACAGAAGUUUCCACCAUACGAUGUAAUAGAAAAAUCUCUCAACGAAGACUGGAAAAAUUGAGCUUAAUCGGACUGGUAUUGAUCUUCAAGUUAUUCGUGACAAUACGAAUACCAUUUAUCAAAAUUUUAAUUUAAACGGAUUAUCAUUACCUUUUAUAUUCAACAUUAUGUUCCCAUGAGUCAAUUACAUUGGUAUAAAUGAAAAAUAAACUCACAAAAUGUUUACUAUUAGU